AUGGAGAGUGAAAAAGUACAUAUUCGUCAUGUAAUGCUUUGGGAAUUUCAACAAGGCAAUAGUGCUAAGACGACAGCUGAAAAAAUAUGCAGUGUAUAUGGUGAAGGACUAAUAACUGAUCGAGCAGUUGGAAAUUGGUUUAUAAAAUUCCGUUCUGAAGAUACGACCUUGAAAGACGAACCGAGGGCGGGACGUCCUUCCGACUUUGACGACAACCUUUUAAAGGCAAUUUUGGAGCAAAAUCCACGUAAAUCAACAAGAGGUAUAGCAGAAAGGUUGAAUACAUCACAAUCAACUGUUAACCGCCACCUGGAGAAAUUAGGGAAAGUCAGCAAGUUAGGAGUAUGGGUACCUCACAAUCUCAGUGAACGGAAUAAAGAAGAUCGCAUGUCAAUCGCCACAAGUCUGCUCUCACGAGUAAAAAUUGAGCCCUUUUUGAACAGGAAUGUAACAGGCGAUGAAAAAUGGGUUACCUAUGACAAUAUAGUCCAAAAAGACAAAAGACAGUGGCUUGAUAAGUGUGGGGGAUGUCGGUACAGGAAAGGAGUGUAA